AUGCUUGUGUCUCCAGAAGUACUGUCGAAGAAAAAGACUUGGUUUGUCACCGAGAACUUCGAAAGCUGCAUCCACAACCACGCCUCCCCGCACUCAAUCUACAAACACAACUCCCACACCCAACCCACAACUCCAACUCCCAACUUCAAAACCACACACCCGCAGUCCCGCCCACAACACACCCACACCCACCUCCCCACACGCGACCCAUCCCAAACCCACAACUCCCCCCACAACCACGACACCCACCCACACCCACAACUCCCACCCAACUUCAACAACCACGACACCCGCACACCCACACACAAACACACUCCCAUCCCCAAACCCACAACUCCCCCGAACCACGACACCCGCCACAGCCACACCACACUCCCAACUCCUAACUCCCACAAACCACGACCCUACACCACACACCCACGACUCCCCCGCCCACAACGCUCCCCCCGCUCCACCCACAACCCAUAG